AUGGAUCUCUCUCCUGUUACUGAAGCUCUUGCUGCCAAAUCCUUUGAUAGAAUCGCUGAUAUCUGCGAUAAUCUUAUGCUUCAGGUUGCAGCCGAAGGAAUUUCUUUCCAUGAUGAUUGGCCUUACGCAAUCCAUCUUCUGGGUUACUUCUACGUUGACGAUUGUGAUAGCGCCCGUUUCCUCUGGAAAACAAUACCGACAGCUAUCAAGGAGAGCAAGCCUGAAGUCGUUGCAGCUUGGAGGAUCGGUCAGAAGCUUUGGACACGUGACUAUGCAGGUGUAUAUGGAGCUAUUCAGGGUUACGAUUGGAGCCAGGAAGCCAAAGAGAUGGUUGUUGCAUUCUCAGACCUUUACACGAAAAGGAUGUUUCAGCUUUUGAUGUCUGCCUACUCCACAAUUACCAUCCAUGAUUUGGCGCAAUUCCUAGGGAUGUCGGAGGAUGAUGCCACAACUUAUGUUGUAGAGAAUGGAUGGACAGUGGAUGCAACUUCUCAAAUGGUGACUGUGAAGAAGCAAGCCGUUAAAAGAGAGCAAAAGGUGGAUUCAUCGAAGCUGCAACGCUUGACGGAGUAUGUGUUCCACCUUGAACAUUAA